CCGGUUCCUCCUGAAUUUAUAUUUAUUUAUUUAUAUUAUUCAUUCAUUUAUUUAUUUAUCUAUUUAUUUAUUUAUCAAUUUAUCUAUUUGUAUAUUGUUUUAACCACUCAUAAUGGACAACAAAAAAAGGAAACUUCCCGAACAUUUCGAGACCGAAGUAAAUUACAGUUUUCUAAAUGGUGUUAAUGCCUACAUUCUGAAGACAGGAAUUGAGAAUGCCAGAAUGAAAAUCUUCAAAACUAAGCUGACAAAAUAUGGAGGGUCUUUCUCAGAUGAGCUGACAGAAGACACUACAUAUAUAAUUAUGGAGGCAAAUAUUGAAAUAACACGGCUACUUAGUAUUCUACAUGUUGAAACUAUUCCUGAUCAUAUUCAUUUGAUAAACACUAAUUGGCUUAGUAGAUGUUUUAGAGAAAAAUCACUGGUUAACACAGACAAUUUUAUUAUCAAAAGGAAUUUGCCCCACUCCAAACCAGAUGUGCAACAUGGCAGCAAAACCUUCGAAAUAAACCCUGAAGAUGCUGUGUGCGAAAAUAAAAAACCUCCAGUUUCAGGAACACUUAAAAUGGCUCCUGUAUGUAGAUCAAGUAGGAUUCAUAUUCAUGAAUCAAAACAAAGAAAGAUAGAAAAAAGUGAGAGUGAUAAAAGUAGUGAAUACAAAACAAGCGAUGAAGAUGUAAAGCUAAAUGCAAAAGUCUCAGUUCCAUCAACUGAAGGCAUGUUGAAGAAAGGUAACUGGGUUUGUGCACAGUCUUCUUUGAACCCAAUACCUAAUAUCAACAGUCAUAUUACAGAAAAAUUAGAGGAAAUGGUUAAAAAGUAUGAAAGUACAAGUGACAAGUGGCGAGCUUUUGGAUACCAGAAAGCAAUCCAGGUUCUUAAGAAACAUCCAAAGCAAAUUACAACUUGGGAGGAAGCAAAGGCUUUACCAGCCAUUGGAGCAAAGCUGGCUGAUAAAAUUUGGGAAGUUAUAGAAAGUGGUGGAUUACGGAAGUUAGAUGAAUUUAAAUCCAACGAGGAGAUAAAAACUUUGGAACUUUUUACCAAUGUUUGGGGUGCUGGGGCUGUAACAAGUCGACAGUGGUAUCAGCAGGGAUUUAGAACACUAGAAGAUCUCAAAAAAAAAGCAAAGUUGACACAUCAACAAGAAGUUGGUUUGAAGUACUAUGAUGAUAUUUUAGAUAGAAUGUCAAGAGAAGAGGCUGGCGAAAUUGAGGAAACAGUCAGAAAGUCAGUAGAAACUAUACACCCAGAACUCAUUGCUCAAGCUUGUGGAUCCUACAGACGUUGUAAACCUACUUGUGGAGAUGUUGAUGUAUUGGUUACACAUCCAGAUGGAAAGUCACACAAAGGGAUUUUUUACAAUCUUAUAUUAAAGCUUAAGGAACAAGGAUUUAUAACAGAUGAUUUAGUGUCGAGUGAAAGCGAUGGUAAUCAACAGAAAUAUUUAGGAGUUUGUCAGUUACCUGGCAAAAAUAGAUUACACCGCCGUUUAGAUAUUAUUAUUGUCCCAUACGAUGAGUAUGCAUGCGCUUUGGUGUACUUUACGGGUUCAGCUCAUUUUAACAGAUCUCUUCGGCACCUUGCAAAGAAAUGUGGUAUGUCACUGUCGAACCAUGCAUUACGAAAAGACGUUGUAAGAAAGGGAACACAAAAGAUCUAUGAAGGAACUGUAGUACCAACUCCUACCGAAGAAUCUGUAAUGACAUGUCUUGGUGUACCAUACAGACCUCCAAAUGAAAGGGACCAUUGAGAAAAUAUUUCCUAAUUACUUAUGAUGAUGUUAAACUGGUAGUAGUGAUAAAGCUAAAAUGGAUAACUGACAUUACACAAUAACUAGUGUAAACUGUUACACCCACGAUUGCACUUGCGCAUUGGUCUACUUUUGUUUUCAAACUAAAUUUAAGAAGAAACUCUCUGACGGAUGUAUAAUUAGAGGAGGAUAUAUUUUUUUAGAUUUCUAGUUACCAAUCACAUUUGUGUGCACAAUUACGAAAUCCCUUAUAUUUGUUUGUCAUAGACAAGACACAUUAUGGUAUACCCUUGUCUGUUCGUCCGCCCACCCAUUUAAAUGUCGUACAAAAGCUGUAAAAUGCUAUGAUCAAAUUUCAUGAAACUUGUAUCGACAAAUCCUUAGAUUUAUGAUUAUUCCGUUAGUCGUUCCAGAGUUAUUCCGAUUUUAAAUGUCAGAUUUGAGGCAUGUUCAUGGUGGGAGUAAGGUAGAAAUGGACUACCUAAAUAGUUCUUAACCGACACAUCUGUCUUAAAUAAAAAAUUAUAAAGUAGUAUAACCAUGAUAGCAAGCACACAUUUUAUCACCUAAUAUAAUAAUACCAGUAAGUGUAAACUUUAAAAAAGGUUUGUAUUUUCUUCAGUAUUACAUUAUUGAUCAAAACCACACAAUCAAUCAGUCACUGUUUUUAAAAAGAUGAGAAAUACACUUUUUCAUUUCAAAUUGUCCACAUAUGUAGGUAAAGGGACUUUUUCCGCCUCCUAUAAUUUUAUUUCAAAGAGGCUAAUAGUUUGUACACAACAAAACAUACACAUGAUAUCAUCUCUACAAUGCAGAAUAUAUUACAAUACAAUAUAGGUCUUUAACUGUUGAAAAAUAAAUCUUUUCAGACUUUCUUUUUUGAUUUGUGGUCCUUUCAAAAUCUUUGCAAAUUCAUUUUCUAUAAUUUAUAUAAAGCCUUCUUGUGUAAGGAACAAGAUAAGUAUGCUAGAACUGUGAUAAGAUGAUUAAAGCUGUAAAUUUACUGCUUGUUUUAAUAAAGUUUAUCGACAAGUCACAGGUAUUUCUGUUGAAACAAAUUUCGCCCGUUUAAAAACAAAGUUGCUCUUUUGUUGUUAUGAAUCACAGUUUAUGGCAAAAGACAAUAAAGAUCCGUCUAAAUUUCCAUAUAUCAGAAAACUUUUAUAACACUUUAGGUAACACAAUACCAAAUUGCAUAUUUUCAGAUUUCUAAAAUUUUUGGCACACUUGUACUUUUAUUCUAGUUACAUCGGAAUAUGAAAUAAAAAAAUAGGGGGUCUCCUUUCUUGUUUUCGUAAUUUUAAUGAGAAAAUGUCAAUUUUAGCGCCAAAUUUAUAUAGAUAUUUAGGAAAUAUGCCUUUCUUGACUUAUUUUUUUCAAGGUUUUUCAAUGAAUGGCUACGUUCUUCUAUACGGAGAAGCACCAAAAACUAACAUAAUAUUCAGGAUUGUAUACUGAAUCCAUGCAUGUAUGUAAAACCAAAUGUCACCAUUUUUUUAAUUUUUUUAGAUAAAUUACUUUUAAGUUGACUGAUACACUUAGAAUUUGACAGAAAUCAGGGACUAAACUUAACGCUCACCCAGUCGCCCAAGGCAACCAGAUUUUCGGAUGGGCGAGUAUAUUUUAUCAUCCUGAUCACCCAGCUGGCGACUGUAAAAUAUUUUGAAGUGAAUCCCAUUUCUACCCUUUCCCCCGCGAUAUAAACAAAAACUGUUCCCAAAAGGAAACCUGCUUGUCAAAUCAAAGCGGGAUAAUUAAAGAGAGAAUUGACGAAAACCAGUAAGUUCAUUUUAAUAACCCAAACCCGGUCGGACAACUGUGUUUUCAAUACGAAGUCACGAUUUGACAUACACCUCAAUCUCUAAGCAUGUGUUCUUAACCCUCUUUUAAAUCUUGUAUGAUUAUUUCAUUAUUGUUUAGUUUUCUUCUAAACUGUUCAAUAUGCAUCGCGAAAGGGAUGCAUUCCAGUUGUCCAGGGAGUCAUUACAAGCCCGUAUUAGACAUUAACUUGUCCACGAAUCGCUUUAUACAAAUUCUUCAAUGAAAAGAACGAAAUGCAAAAUCUCGUAAAUAAAUAUUGUCAAAAGGUCAACAGGUCAACAGGAAGUAGAAAUUGAAGGGAGACAAUUUUGGUAGGCAAUGUAAUAGAAUCAGUAUUGUCAAAUCUUAUGAUAUAUUUCUGGUGGCAAUAAUUCAAAUAUUAUAAAUUUAUCACACAAAAUCUUUACCAGACUCAAAAGCUACAAGUAGGAUUACCUAAUAAGGCUUAAUUAGUAUAUGAAAAGUACAUUUCAGUGUUAUUUUAUUUGUAUAAAAAUUGGUUGGGCUCCUCAAAUUUCAACUGGGCCCCUGAAAAAAAAUAUUUUAGGGGCCCAGCUGGCCCCUGGAGGAAAACAGUUAAGUUUAGUCCCUGUUAGAAAACGUGUGAAGGAACUGAAUACUAAAUAACAUUAUUUUUACAAGGGAAAAAAGCAGUAUAUAAUAUGUUUAAUGAACUACAGAAUGAUUAUUAUAACCAUGACACAUUAUUGACUUUAUUUGAAACUUAUGUUGCAAGCAUUUUGAACUAUGGUUGUGAAAUUUAGGGGUAUCAUAAGGUACCGGAUAUUGAAAGGGUUUGUAUGUAUUUUUUUAAACUUAUACUGCAAGUAAAAAAGAGUAAUGUUGAUAACAUGAUAUAUUGUGAAUAAGAUGGGUUGUCUAUGUGCAUAGAAAGAGAAUAUAGAAUGGUAAAAUAUUGGAUAAAAUUAUUAUGUACUGAUAAUUGCAUAUUGAUAUGAUGAAAAUUUAUGUUUAGUAGCUGUAAUAAAAAAUAAAAUAAUAAACAGAACUGGUGCUGAAAAAUAAAAGAUAUUUUUUAAUAAA